GGGGUUCGCACCGAGCAGCGGCUAGUGUCGGGUUUCGCCAACUCGCAGAAUCCGUGCGGGCUCUAGAGUCGGCGGGUUAGGCAGUUGUGCCUCCAGCAUCUGUGGUACCGGGUGUCGUGUCUCCAGUAUCGGUGGGAUCGGGAGUCUUGCAUGUCGAAUCGGUGGUAUCGGUAGUCGCAACUGCAGUAUCGUUGGUCUUGGUAGUCGCGCUGCCAGUAUCGGUGGUACCGGGAGUCGCGCCUGCAGUAUCGUUGGUCUCGGUAGUCGCGCUGCCAGUAUCGGUGGUAUCGGUAGUCGCAACUUCAGUAUCGUUGGUCUCGGUAGUCGCAACUUCAGUAUCGGUGGUACCGGGAGUCGAGCCUGCAGUAUCGGUGGUAUCAGGAGUCGCGCCUGCAGUAUCGGUGGUACCGGUAGUCGCAACUUCAGUAUCGGUGGUACCGGGAGUCGCAACUGCAGUAUCGUUGGUCUCAGUAGUCGCAACUGCAGUAUCGGUGGUACCGGGAGUCGCGCCUGCAGUAUCGGUGGUAUCAGGAGUCGCGCCUGCAGUAUCGGUGGUAUCAGGAGUCGCGCCUGCAGUAUCGGUGGUACCAGGAGUCGCGCCUGCAGUAUCGGCGAUGGUAGUCCUCCGCACAGACGUGGUGGCGGCCGUGGCUAGCGCGUGGCUGCGCGGGUGGCAGCUGCCCGGCGCGUGGUUGGUUGCGUCUCUUCGGCCGCAGCCUGCGGGCGCUGCCAGGACUGUCGUCCGCCGCGUCAUCCAGCCAGGACGUUUGGCUGUCAUACUGGUUGGACUGUUUACAUUAGCCAUGGGAAUAAUAUUAUCUUCGAUACCCUGGGCAGAUUAUCUUAUUCUUAAGAAUUUGAGGUUAUGGAAUGGUACCAUAAGUUACCGAUACUGGCAGAAACCAGGAGUUAUUCGACUCACCAAAUUGUAUAUUUUUAAUGUGACGAAUCCUGAUGGCUUUCUCAACAAUGGAGAGAAGCCCAAACUGUUGGAAGUUGGUCCCUUCGUUUACAGGGAAGAUAUGGAGAAGGUUAACAUUAAAUUCCACGACAAUGGAACAGUAACAUUCCAGCAUAAGAAGAUUCUCCAGUUCGUUCCAGAACUCUCUGCUGAUCCUAAUGCCAAAGUCACUGUUCCAAAUAUCCCAUUACUGACACUAACUUCGAAGAGCACGCAGCUCAACAGACUGGUACAGAUCACGCUCUCACUUUGGCUUCGAAACUACAAGCCGUUUGUCACAAUAACGCCGGAGGAACUGCUAUUUGGUUAUGAUGACACGCUCGUCUCCAUUGCAAACGCAUUUUUUCCUGUGCAUCUACGGCCGAAAGAACAAAUGGGGCUUCUUUUAGGGAGGAACGGGACGCUGAACGAAGUGUCCACAAUCUUCACCGGCCACACGUCCAUGAAGGACUUCGGCCUGCUGGACCGACUGAACGGCCUUGACCACCUGCCGUACUGGUCUGAACCACCUUGCAACGACAUCCGUGCGUCCGAAGGCUCCUUCUUCCCGCCGCGCGACUUCACGCACGACGACGUCGUGCAAGUGUACGACAAGGACCUGUGCCGCGUGCUGCCGCUGGAGUUCCAGUCCAUGACGGAGAAGGACGGCAUCCGCGCCGGCUACUACCGCCCGCCCGACAACGUGUUCGAGCUGCCCGAAAAGAACCCGGGCAACAAGUGCUACUGCCCGGGCAGCAAGUGCAAGUGCCCGCCGCGCGGCCUGCAGAACAUCAGCCCCUGCCAGUUCGCUGCUCCUGUGUACUUGUCAUUUCCACACUUCUACAAUGCAGACCCAGCCUUGCUGGAAGCUGUGGAGGGUCUUCUGCCUUCUAAGGAACAACACGAAACCUACUUCAAGAUACAACCGAAACUGGGAGUACCUCUAGAAGGGAAGGUGAAAGUGCAGCUCAACUUGAAAGUGGAUCGCGCCAUCAACAUUUACUCCGUCACAAAUUUUCGAGACAUUAUUUUUCCAAUCAUCUGGCUGGAAGAGGGCGUGUCUGAGCUGACACCAAGCAUCCGGCGGUUGGUUUACAUCGCGACCACCCUGGCAGAAACAGCGGUGCCGAUCAUCAACUACACUUGCAUAGUCGUCGGGAGCCUCAUGCUGACAGUGACGUUUGUUCGUGCCUACAAGAACGUGGUGUUCACUCGAGAGACGCUGGAGCGUGGCAAGAAGACGCUGAGACGCGGCAGCAGCUUCAUCAUCAACGGCCAGCACCGGCUGCUCAUCAUCAGGGACUCGUACACCCUGCUGAACAACAUCAGCUCCGAGCCCGACCCCGACCCCGACCCGGAGCCGGACGUGUGACCUAUCGCUGUCGCUCCAGGCGAGCUAUCGACUCUCGUCGCACUAUCGACCACGAGCACUCUUCUGAUAGGUAGUGCUUGCUGAAGAUAUUGUCUUUUUAUAAUGAUGAUGGCAAAGAAAACUCUACAUUUUCAAAAUAAUUUUCAAUCAAUUUUUGUUUUUAUACUCAAAUAUGUAGUAAAUACCUAUUUUUAAGAAAAUAUAUCCAAGACUUUGAAGCGAAAGUACUGAUACGUACUGAAACUGUUCUUGCAAAUAAGAUUAUUCAUAUCAAAUAGUUGUAAAAAAUUGAACAAAUUUUCUGGUUACGUGCACUUUUAUUGCAGUUUCUAUGAAAAAAUUUGUUAAGUUAAACCAAGGACAAAUCAGUGUCAACUGUAGGUAAAACACUAUCACUGGAAUGAAUUUUUUUCUAAGAGAUUGAAAAUCUUAAGAAUAUUUUAUCUUAAACAUUUUUAAGACGCAUCACAAAAAUGUUAUAUGAUUAUUGCAUUAUAGUUUAUAUUUUAAUUAGUUGAAAAAUGUUCAAGCAAUAAAAAGCAUAUGAAUGUACAUGAACAUAUUUAAAAAUUAAUGUCUUCACUUUGAAGAAGUUUAUUUAUAUUAAAUUUAAAAAAAACAAAGGUAGAUGCUUUCAUGGUAAAGUACUACAUUUAUUCGAACAUACGAAUAUAAACAUUUCUGUGAGAACAAAGUUAUUAUAUACUUGAAAAUGUUUUACUAUUCUGAAUCUUAUUUGUUGUGUGCCAACUUUAAAUGGUAUAUACUAUGAAAAUCAAGAGUUCCAAAAUAUUUGCUCAAUUUUAUAGUAGGACACUUCACUGUUACUAAUUUUCCAUAUAAUUGAAGUACAAAGCAAGUAGAACACGAGAUUUUAUAAAACUCUGCAAUUUUUACUUUUCUAUAUUUCUGUUAAAUUUUUUCUUUAUAUUUCUUUGUACUUUUUGUCAGUACGAGACCUAGUAGAAUAGAAUUUAAAAUAAGGUUAUAAGCUGUAUUCUAUUAUAUUUGUAAUCCAAUUUUUUGAUGUAAUAAUUUUUUCAAUGAAAUUGUAUUAUUUUAUACAUUAGUUUAUUGGAAGAAUAUUCCUUUUUUUAUAUCUGAGAGGACUGUGUUGCUUUUUUCCUGGCUGUGAUGUAUUGUUGUAGCAAAUUUUACACACUUGUUUCCAACGUUUUUUAAUGUUACAGGCUUUCAUAUUGAGAUAACGUUAAAAAAAGUUACUUUUUCUAUGUUACGUGUUAAAGUGAUUGAAUUUUAGGUAAGCUGCCUAGGCUUAGUACUUUGUAAUAUUUCAGCCAUUCAUUUUCACAGAAUUCAUUUUUAUAUUCUGUACACGUUCAUAAAAGGCAUGAAUAAAAAUCACUGACUGGUUUAUCUUCUGAAACUGCAUCCAACUAUAGAUGAACCUUUCCUUACACUACGGGUCACAAACAUACCGUGUAUUAAUUGUUCUUCAAAUAUAUAUUUUUUGCAAUUAAAGAUAAAAAAGUUUUUUAGUCCAAAAGUUCAUUAAAGUUUAUUUGCAUGUCGUUUUUUUAAUCUCGGAUUAAAUUGAUUACAUUUGUACACACCUGAGCUUCGGAACUUUCAUCCACAUACACAACAUUUAAGAAAAUUUUCUUACUUGAACACAUCUUUCCCUAGUUAAAAAAUGGUAGUCACUGCUUUUCUAUGAUCUACCCUAAUUUUAAAAUGUUUCUUAUUUGAUUUGGAUGCUACAAACUCCAGCGAAGAUGUGUUGUUCAGAACCAUUUUCAACAGGAAAAACGCUGGAAUUUUUUGUACAAACGAAAAUGUUCCGUUCAAGAGAUACUUGUUCGUUAUCUAAAAAAAAUAUAUAUUCGCCUUGUUAAAAGUUGUUUUGUGUUUAUGCAUUUAAAGAAAUUAUCAUGGAAUAAAUAUUUUAAUCCAAAUAGAAUACUCCUGUGGACAAUUUAUUUAUUUGUACCUGUACACUGUACAGUCAACUGUCAGACAUAUUUAUCUAUAAAGCAUGUAUGAUAUGACUGAAGCCUCCUUAUAUAGUACUUUAGAAUCUUCCAUGGCCUGUUGUACGGAACGUUCUGUGAAAGGUUUAGUGGUCAGCCGGCAAUUGUCUUGGAAUUUUUUUUCGGAAGUGGGAAAUUUACAAUGUAAUGUUGCAUAUAAACUGAGGAAUAACGCCAAUCAUACGAUCGUUUGGUGGUAUUCCUAGUGACAAAAUGUGUCGUUAUAUGCUUUCAAAUACCGAAAAAUGUGAUUUAACCUUAUGCGAAAACUAAAGUUAAUAUUAGUUUCAGUAGAAGGAAACAUGGGUGUUAAGGAACAGGCACUGAAUCUACUGGAUCCAUUAUGCUAA